AAAAUAGUUACAAGAUGGUUGUCGAAGUGAGUGGAACGCCGCAGCGGUUCAACGGAAACGGUCGCAUGGACUCUUGAGCAGCCGAAGAAGCUCGCUUCCGAAGUCGCUACUAAAAACUGAAGCACAAUCGCGUUCUUCUGCGUUCUUCAAGUGGAAACGCCAGCACAAAAAGCAAAAAACCCACAACACUAAUUCCUCUGCGAAUGGGAAGAAUUCCAAUUCCCAUCGCCAAAAAACCCAGUGAAACAAGAAGUGCAUUCGGUUCUCCUGCUCGUGGAGCUAUUGUUAUUUUUAAAUUGCUGACCGCAGAAUAUUUUUUCUGCUCAAAAUAGACGGCAACACACAAAAAAGAGAUGCCGCCGAAACAGAAAUAAACCGAAAACCCAAAGGGUAAAAACUCGAAAGUGCCAAAACAAACAAGAAUUUCACUUAGAAAAAGUGCGUGUUCUAAAAAUAUACAAAUACAAAACCGCAACAAAGUGGCGAAUAGAAAUAUUUUGCUGCCCAAUCUCGACCGAAACUGCAUUUUGUUAAAUAUAUUCAAUCUGGAGAAGCAAAGUGUCAAAGUGUAGUGCAAAAAUAUUUAUAAAUCUCUGCCAAAACAUAAACAACCAAAAGAGAGAAGAGAAUUCUACUCACAUUUCGUGCAUUUUAAAAGAUUUUCGUAUUUUGGAAUACGAAAUAAACAGAAACACAAGAAGCGGAAUCCAUUAGUUCCGCAUUAAAGUGUUAAAAUAAAUUAAGUCUUGGAUACUCCGUGAACUUUGCAUUUUGGAAUACUUCAAUACUUCAGCAGCAUUUUGGAUAUCCGUGCUAGUGAAUUCUAUAUACAUUGUCGUUCGAUCUGGAGGACCUAAGGAAAUAAUUUCACAAAGUUGACAUGUUCAAAUUCAACGGGGAACGCUUCACUUUACAAAUCGUUAACCACUAGCCAGUCUGGAGGGAGUUGCCAGGACAGCAUUUGAGAAGCAGCAACGCAACAUGGACCUGCCGUCGAUGGUGCAGCGUUCGGGAGACACGCUCAUCGUGCGCAGCGUGGUCAGCGGAAAUCAGUUGUACACGGAGCAGGGUGGCCAUGGCCACCAGCCCACCGGCAACGCGGGACUCGUCUCGAGCCACUCGAGCGGCAGCACGGCUGCCUCACAGGCGGGCUCAUCGCUCCUGGAGCGACAUGUGGAGCGCUUCCGCCUGCAGCAGCUGCUGCAACAGCAGCAACAGGCGGCGGCAGCAGUUGCCGUUGUGAACAGCGUGCAACAGCAGCAACAGCAACAGCAGCAACAGCAGCAGCAGCAACAGGCCGUCAUCGGCAUGGAUGCCAAAGAGGAGGGCCUGCCGCAGUGCAAGAUCAAGCGGAACUACAGCUGCAACCACUGUGCGUACUUCACGCAGAAUCCGCGCUACCACUUGACCCACCUGCGGGACGUGCACGGCGAGAAGAUAGUGAUCAACAAGUGCAAGCUGUGCCUCUACGCCUCGCGGCACUUCCAGAAGCUGGUGCGGCACAUGAAGAUGGUGCACGGCUGCACGGACGGCAUCCCCAGUGGUCAUGGUCAGGCCAGGGGCAAGCGGGGCAUGAGCCGGGAGGCGCGAAAGCGGCGGCUGGAGGAGAGUGUGGGCGUGAUGGGGGGCCAGAGCCUGACCGUGGCCGUGCCCGAUGUGCCCACCCUGGAGCAGGUGAAGCGGGAGCUCCUGCUGCAGGAGGAGAAGCUGCAGCGCGACAUACAGGCCUUCAACCAGCGGCAACGCGAGGAGCAGCAGCGGGAACUGGAGCUGGUGGCCUCCAGUGCGUAUGACCGACAAAUGCAGGUCCUGCGCGACUACGAGCGCCAGUCGCCCGCCGAGCCGCCCACCCCCUCGCCCACCAGUGGCUCGGCCACGCCCCCCUCCAACGGGGAGGAGCCCCAGAACCGCCUGCUCAAGUGCAGUGCCUGCGAGUUCACCACCCUCUACCGCACCCAGCUGCGGUCCCACGAGCUGGCCGAGCACGGCAAGACCAAGUUCUUCCGCUGCGACAAGUGCAGCUAUGUGACCCACAUCAAGGCGCGCUUCAGCAAGCACGUCAAGUACCACUCCAUGCCGAUGAUCAAGUGCGUCACCUGCGACUUCCGCACGCCCUACAAGUGGAACCUGGACAGGCACAUGAAGAACCACGGCGGAGCGGGCGCCUUCAAGUGUGCCGCCUGCGACUUCACCGCCGACAUCAAGCAAUCCCUAACGGUUCACGAGAUGAACCACCACGUGCCGCCGGUGGGCAAUGCGGGCUCCAUUUGGCCGCGACGCCAGAACAAAGUGGGGGCGAGCGAGAUGUGCGAGGACUUCCUCAGCGACUCGGCCGAGCUGGAGGAUCAGUAUAAUAACAACAAUGUGGACGAUGAACUGGACGGCGUCGAGGAUCCCGACGAGCCGAUGAGCGGUGGCGAGGAGCAGCCGAUGCACCACCACCACUACGGCAAACGGAGCAAGUACGACGAGGAGGAGGAGCCCACGGAUCUGUCGCAGAAGGGCGGCUGCUCCUCGGACACUUCCAGCGUGGGCACCCCCACACCAAGGGCCCAGCGACCAGUGCCCACUCUCAUCCCGAUCAGCAAGGGAGCCAAAGACGUAUUGAACCUGUCGAAGGAGACGAAUGCCUCACGCAGCUCCCUCACGGAAAUCGCGUCCUUGUUCUUCAACGAGAAGCAGAUCUCGGAGAUGCUGGACAAGUCGGAUGUGCCGCAACUCUCGCCGGCGACGACGGUGGCCUCCCAGAACUCGACGCGCAGCCAGAUGACCAAGAGGUCCAGCUUCCUGGACAAACUGAAGACGGGGGCGCAGCACGAGAACCUGGUGUGCCAGUGCGGCCAUGUGGCCAAGUGCCUCUCCGAGUCGAUCAUACACGGCAAGAGCUGCCACGCCUCGGCGGUGAUCAUUGACGACGACGAUGCUGGUCUGCACGAGGAUGACGCCGACGACAGGCUGGAAAUCGACGAGGACGACGAGGACCACCACUCCCAUUCGGCCCUGAAUCUCAGUGUGACCGGCUCCACGCGAUGCCAGCACUGCCGCCACCGCUGCAAGUCCUCCACGGACCUGCUGCACCACCUGAAGCAGUGCGUCGAGGCCAUCCGCUGCGCCAACGAGAUGUACGACUCGAACUCCGGGGAGAGCGGCGACCGGCGGCCGGACUCGCAGAGCCUCCAGCAGCAGGCGGCCGUCCAGCAGCAGAGGGUUUGCAUCUGGAACAAGGCCACCAAGGAGAUCGUCGCCGCCGCAGCGGCCGCAUCCUUGCAGCAGGAGAACAGCAGCCACAGCCUGGUCAAGUCCCCGGCCGGAAGUCAGGCGGCCAGCAACGAGGAGAACAGCUACUACGGCGUGGAAACGGCGCCCGGCUACGGCGAGGUAACCAAAAAGAUGACACCCGAGGAGGAGGCCGCCAACUCGUCCCUGAAGAAGGUGUACAAGUGCCCGCACUGCAGCUUCUGGGCCUCCACGGCCUCCCGCUUCCACGUGCACAUCGUGGGCCACCUGAACAAGAAGCCCUUCGAGUGCUCCCUCUGCUCGUACCGCUCCAACUGGCGCUGGGACAUCACGAAGCACAUCCGCUUGAAGACGAUCCGCGAUCCCUCGCACAAGACGGCCAAGGUCCUGAUGAACGACGAGACGGGCCGCCGGAACUACACCAAGUACAACAAGUACAUCACCCUGAUGAAGGUGACCGAGGAGGAUGGCGACCCCAAGCUGAUGAAGUCCGGCGAGAUGACCCCCAACCAGGUGGCCUCGCUGGCCUUCCUCAAGGACUACGCGAAGGUGGGCUCGGUCACCGGGCAGGACAUCACCCUGGAACCGGUGCUGCCGACCAAGCCGAAUGUACUGGACGACGCCCACCUGGCGGACAACCUCAUCCGGAUCCCCCUGCUGGCCACCAUGAUGAAUGCCGCCAUGGCCCAGCAGCAGCACCAGCAGCAGCAGCAGAAGGAGCACCAGUCCACGAUGAUCACGCCCUCGGUGACCAUUUCGCCUGUGAAGCGAUCGAGUCAGGGAUCUUCGGUGCAGGGCAAGCCCAGUGACGACCUGAUCACCGAGGUGCACCAGGAGGGCAAUGAGAAGAGGACGGUCUACCGAUGCCGCAAGUGCAACUUUGGCCACCCAAACCGCGAUGCCGUACUGGCGCACGUGAAGAUCCACUACCAGGACGCCAGCUACCCGAAGGCCAGCUCGGCCAACUCCGGCACCUCGCCGCUGCAGGUCUCCGUGGGCGGGAACCAGCAGUUCUACAUGAACAAGGUCUUCGCCGCCAUGUGCCUGUCGCAGACCCAGUCGCAGUCGUCGCCCAACUCCGGCGCCGCCGGGACGAGUCCGGCCAUCUCGGCCGGACUGCUGCAGCGGGCCAUCCAGGAGGCCCACUCGCCGACGCCCAACGCCAGCGCUCUGAGCGGACUUGCUUUGGCGUUGGCGGGCGGAAAGCCACAAGCCAAUACGACGAAAGCCAGUGCCGCCUCCAUUUUAGAGCACGGUGAGCAGAAAGCGAGUCAAAACGAGGCAAGUGCCGACAGUCUGACGUCGCCGAACACCACCACCUCCAGUAGAACCACCAAAGCCACCACUAGCACCACCAAAGACACCGCCAGAUCGCUGCAGGAUCUGCUCACCUCACCGCGCAGUGCCAGAAAUGGAAAUCAUCCCUCUAACGCUAACAGUAACUCGGUUGUGGGAAAUGGACUCCGGCAGGAUGCCGCCUACGUCGCCUCAUCCACCAAUACCACACCACCACCACCACAACCCACCAACUCAGUCAGCAAGCCCAAUGCAUCGCCUUUGCCAGUAACUACCACUCCUACUCCUUUUUCUACUGCCACACCAUCACCACCAGCUCUUUCAAAGUCCCUGGCUCAUCAACUGGGUGCGGGUAGCCACAGCUCAUCCUCAUCCCACCACAAUGACCAUCCUCCACUCAUAGCCGGUGAAGGUUUCCACCUGGCGGCGGGUCUAACCCAUGCCCACACCAUAAACACUAACACGAAAGCCAAACCCAACUCCAACUCCUUUCCCUCGUCAUCGUCGUCGUCGUCGUCAUCAUCGUCUUCUGUGGCCUCCACUUCAUCGGCCGCCGGCUCUGCGUCCGCCUCCGCGUCCUCCUCCGCCACAUCGUCGCCACCGCCGCCGGCAGCCUCGUCUUCCUACCUGGCUGCGAUGGCGCCGCAGCAGCAGGUGCCGCCUGCCGUGCAGAUGCCGCAUCCGCAGACGAGGUUCCAUAGCCAUAGUCCAGGUAGUCCCAGCCUCCUGUCCAUGGCCGAUGGCGAUCGACGCGACCCGUCGCCGUAUCGCUGCGGCCACUGCCACCAGGUCUCGAAUUGGAAGCAUGUCAUCCAGCGGCAUUGUCGCUUAAAGCAUUCCGGGGAUAUUCGGAUCGAGACCCUUGAGCGAGGAGCCAGUGUCUCGGCGAACGCACCACCCAUCUACCGACCCCUGGGAGCAGGUGCCACCAACGAAUCCCAGUCCCACAUCCCGUCGAACCCCACCAGCAACAUCCUGAAGACCGGCAGCAACCCGAAUGCCAGCAGCAACACCAGCGCCCAGCUGCUGAUGACCACCAAGCAGCUGGAGCAGCUCCUCCACUCCCCGCUCUCCGCCAGCGCCGCCGCGGUGGUGAAUGCGGCCAACACCCAGCAGGACAUCCAGGCGGCGGCGGCCUACUGGGCCGCAGCCUGCAAGGCGGUGGUGGCCAGCAGCAGUGCCGAGGAGCUAAUCCAACUGCAGCAGAACGACCAGAUCGAGAUCACCCGGCUGCCCUCGGCGGCGGAGCACCCCGGUUCCGGUGCCAGCAACACCAAGAGCAAGCAGCAGAAGUGCCCGGUGUGUCCCUACAUCUCGGAGAGCAAGUCCCAGAUGAACUACCACGUGUCGCUGCACAAGCCCACGCAGUACGAGUGUCGGCUGUGCACGUUUGUCUGUGCCAAGAAGCAGCACCUGAGCAGCCACAUGAGGAGUGUCCACCAGCAGCAAAUGUCCGCACCGGGAGCUGCCGGAGGAGGGGCAACCGGAGGUGGAGCAGCUGCCUCCCUGGGUCUGGACUUCAGUGUGGCCCUCCAGUUGGCCGCGGCUGCCAAGCAGGUGCAACAACUGCCCGCCUCCACGCCACUCUCCAUCGAUUUGUCCCAGGUCCAGCUGGACGCCGCCUCGGAUGCGGAGCUCAAUCACCAGCAACUGCCGCCGGAGUACCAGUACAAGCUGAUCAGCUACUGCCCCAGGUGUCCGGCUCGCUUUGCCCAGAAGCACAAUGACGAGCGCAACGCCAAGCAGGAGCUGGAGCAGCAUUUGCUGGCCCACAGCGACCAGGAGCCGGAGGACCAGGAACAGGGCUAUGUGUGCACCUACUGCGAGUAUCGCACGGCCGAGGAGACCUUGCUCCAGCUGCACCGGGCCGUGCACAUGUCCCACUACCAGGAGAAGUGCCAGCAGCUGUACAAGAACUGCAAGGAGGAUGUCGAGUACCCGGCCCCCAAGCUGCUGCAGCUGACCGGCCCGGAGACCAUCUGGGUGGUAGACAAUGAGCUGAGCCUACAGCUCCUGCAGCAGAACACCGGCGGUGGAGUAAGCUCCUCCACCGGAAGCUUUGAUAACCAGAACUCCCUGCUGAAGAAGCAGCUGGAAUCGGGCAAUGGACCCUUGGUGACCAUUCCGCGGGAUACGUCAGUGUCCAAAAACGAGGGCGAAACCCCCGAGGAGGAUGAAGAGCGACGCAGCAGCUCCACGCCGUCGACCAGCGCCUCGGUGGCCACCAGUGAUUUGGCGGCGGAUGCCAGCAGUGAUGCUGGAUCCGUGGACAUGCCCCAGUCGGUUCCGGCGCCGGAACGCUGUCUCCACUGUCCGUUUGAGACCCAGCAACACGAGGAGCUGCUGCAGCAUCUCCAAAAGCACGCGUGCGUGAAUCCUCCGCCACCGAACUCCCAGCAAUGUGCCCACUGUGAUUACAAUACCAGCGAGGAAUCGGAAAUGGAGGAGCACACGGCUCUGCACUUCAAUGCCAGUGAGAAACUGAAAUCCGUGGAGUUCUACACCUGCUACGAUCAGCUCGAGAUCAGUGUGGAGCGGGAGCCAGAGGAAAACGGGGAGUCCAAGGACGAGCAAACCGAGCACAACAACAACCAGGACAAUGUAGUGAAUGCCAAUGUGCAGCAGGAGCAGAAUAGACCAGAUGAAGAGCCAGCUGACGAGGCGACGGAGGAGCCGCUGGCCAAGAAGCCCAGCACCAAGUUGAUUCUGUACAAGAACGAGGGCGGCUUGAGUGUGAAGUCCCCUCAGGAGGAAGCCACCUUGGAGUCGCAGAAGAGCGAGAACAUCAGCGAUCGGCUGCGCCGAAGGAUCCUCCGUGGAAGCGCCAACCAGCCGGAGGACCCGCAGGCCCAGGAGCGACCCACUACACCGGACAAAAUGAUACUGGUCAAUGCCAAGACGGGCAAAGUCAUUUCCAGAAAGUAGACCUCCAAGGGUCGAACCUUUUAUUAAAUUUAAUCACGUUACACCUAAGUUCAUCAUUUAUUUAGCCCUAAGUGAGUUUUGGUUUUGUUAAUACCUUGUUGUUGCUUAUGUUUUCUUUUUUUGGGGUAUGCGUUAGUGGAGUUCGGGAUUCGUUUUAGGCACCUUUUAAGGAUUUCUAUUGUCACUAACACACACCCACAUACACACACCUAGUUGGAACAUGUUCCUGCACUUAAAACUUGUUUAAGCCCUAAGUUAGUCUUACGUACCCCUUAUUUAUAAAAAGAGAAAACAAAAAUUCGAAUAUUUUACCUAUGGGAAAACCCGGAAUUCUUACUGUAAUUACUUGAUAGAACGGUGCAAAUUGUAAUUUAAAUUAAUUGUAUUGUAAAUUAUCAGACAACUAUAACGUACAUUUAAAAUUAGAACCCUUAUAUAUUUAACAUUGGCUAAAUAUGUAAAAUGUUACACGAAAACCUAACCCAACCAGAGCAAGAUCCAAAAGCGUUUCAAAGAAAUCCACUUUGUAUAGGAGAAAAAAGAUAAAUUCAAAAUUAGGUCUUGCUUUAAUUAGUUCGUUUAAUUUUUUGAAUGGGAACUGUGAUUAUUAAUAAAUGUAGAUGCAACAAAAAAA